GAUUCGCGUCCCUCUAGCGCACCGAAUCCGGUUGUUGUUGUCGCCGCUGUUAUUAUUCUUCAUCAGUCCGUCCGGCGGUGUUCGAAUGCGUUUGUCGUCGUUUCGUACGGUUGCGUUCCGAAAUCUGUCUGUUUUGUUUUGUUUUUUCUUUUUUUAUUCAGUUGUGUUCUCUGUGUUCGGCUCCCGUUUUGUUUUCAUAUUUCUUUUAUUACGUUCCGUUAUAUUUUUAUUUCCGUCUCUCGUGCGAUCGUAGUUCGAGUAAUGAUAAGCGUUCGUUUUCAUCCCGUAGCAGCACGAAAAUAUUAAUAAUAAACAGUUCGAUAUCCCUCGUGCGCAGUGAUUCGUCGACACGUCGCGAACACACAGCCUUGAACGAGAAGCUUUAUUUCGUCGUCAGUAUCGCACUACGCGGUAUUCGGUAGAAGGGUCGUAACGCACCGGCCGUUUUGCCUCCCCGUGUCACCGACAAAUGGACGUCAGCACGACUUGCUUGUCGAAUUAUUAUUAUCACGACUGUUAUUGCAAUACUAAGGCGACAGUCGAAUUGAAUGGGCUGUGAUGAUAGGCCUAGAAGGAGGCACGAGGAACAGCACCACUACCACCGCUAGUACGACACGUCAACAUGCGGCUCAAGCGAUGGACUAUUACAACAGUAACGUGUUGCGAGCCCGGACCAAUGCGGGCCUGUCGUCGGCGCGGCAGCAGAGGUCUAACCCGGAUCCGUUGUAUCGGAGCAACUCCAGUCUGGAGCUCACGCACCAUUCGGACUAUCACCAUCACCAGCAGCAGCCCCAACACCAUCAUCACCGCGGCGGCGGUGGCACCGGUCACUUUGGCGGCAGCACGGCCUAUGUCGAUUCCCGGGCCGCGGCUACGGAUCGUCCGCUCAUCAGCCCGCUGUUGAAACGCGAAUACGGCAGCCACGGUUCCAUAGACGUCAUAGCUUCGGACAGGAAUUCGGCCGGCCGAGCGUCCACCGGUGAAAACUUUUUCGCCAUGCUCCAAGAUUAUCGGCCGGCGGUGUUGGACAUGAUCGACGGCAACAAUAUCAAUCGAGAAUUCGGUUACCGAGAGAUGGCGGUCGACACUCAGCAAGACGAUCGCUUAACGGCCGCUACUACUGGUAACAACAGCGGUAGUACCGUCGAAAAAGCGCCUACGUCGCCUCCAGGACCGAAUUCCAGCAGCCCUAAACUUAGAUUGAAGUUCCACAAGUUCUGGGGAGCCAACAACAAGUUCUCCAGGACCACGGAUGACACCGUCGGUUUGUCUAGUACUACUACGUCUAACAUGACUGGUGUCAACUGUGCCGAUUUCUCGGGCGACGAACGCCAGAAGCGAAGAGGAUUCGCUCAUUACGAUAUCCAAUCGCUGACGGCCACAGUAGGACUGGCUUCAAAACUACAAAACAUUUUGUCCAGAAGACGAAACACGGCCACCGGGGCUUCUGCCGCUUCGAUGCUGUCCGCUAAAUCGUCUACGCCAGAUAGUGGUGAAGAAGACCUUGGUGAUGGGAAACAUAAUAAUUUACUGGACAACUGUCCAUUCUUCCGGAAUGAACUCGGAGGUGAGGGUGAACGAGAAGUAAGUCUCACGCAGAGGACUCAAGCUGGACCAGUAUCCACUUUAAAUAAUGGCAUGUUAUACCACAGACCACGUAUGGCCUAUGGUAUAUCAGUCCUUGAGUUUCAAUCUGGAGAGACACACUGGACUGAUGGAAUCUGUCCUGAAAACUAUUCCAAGCUGAUCGAAACCACUGAUGAGGGAGAUUUAUACUAUCGCUCGUUUUUUUUUGGUCAAGAACACCAAAACUGGUUUGGAAUGGAUGAAACAUUAGGGCCUGUUGCUAUAAGCUUAAAAAGAGAAAGAGUUGAAACUGAUUUAACAACUAAUGGUUGUAGUUUAAAUCCAUCAGUUAUAUUUAGAUACCGAAUUAUUAUUCGAACAAGCGAGUUACAAACUCUUCGCGGUUCUAUUCUUGAAGAUGCUAUUCCUAACAUAAAACCGUCCAGUAGUUCUAAACACAUCAAUACAAAAGAUGUUCUUGAAUAUAUUGUUCCUGAAAUCCCUCUUCAAUGUUUAAGAUUGGGUGUAUCAAGCAACAGAGUAGAAGAAUUAUUGUUAGGUCUUGAUGAACAAGGUAUUUCUCAUACCUACAAAGUUGGAGUAAUGUAUUGUCGAGCUGGACAGUUUACGGAAGAACACAUGUAUAACAAUGAAGAAGCUGGUGUAGCAUUUUAUCAGUUUAUGGAUAGUAUUGCUCAAAGAGUACGUCUUAAGGGUUUCAAUAAAUAUAGGGCAGGAUUAGAUAACAAGACUGACUCCACUGGACUUUAUUCAUUCUAUAGUCAGUUUCAAAACUCUGAAAUUAUGUUCCAUGUUUCUACUAUGUUACCUUUCACUCCUAAUAAUAGGCAACAGCUUCUUCGAAAACGGCAUAUUGGAAAUGAUAUUGUUACAAUUGUAUUUCAAGAACCUGGAGCUCAACCAUUUUCUCCAAAAAACAUACGAUCUCAAUUUCAACAUGUAUUUAUUGUUGUUAGAGUCAUAAAUCCAUGUACAGAAAAUACUCAGUAUAGUGUCGCAGUAACACGGUCUAAAGAAGUGGAAAUGUUUGGUCCUCCAAUUCCAUCAGAAGCUGUGUUCAAAAAAUCCAAAGAAUUUAGUGAUUUUUUACUAGCUAAAAUUAUUAAUGCCGAGAAUGCUGCUCAUCGAUCUGAAAAAUUCGCAACAAUGGCAACUCGUACAAGACAAGCUUAUUUAAAAGACUUAACAUUAAAUCAUUCUACAAAUACAACCAUUGAACCUGUGCAAAAAUUUUCAAUGUUAUCAUUCAGCAGUAAAAAAAAAGAAAGAUGGCGGCCUAGAUUUCAGCCAGAUGCAUCCCAAAGAGGUGCUAUUUGUUGGCAAGUAGUGUUAGAAGAAGGAAAUGGUGUUAUUGGUGGCCAUUGUCUUCUGGCAAUAUCAUCAGACUCCAUGGUACUUGUUGAAGAAAAUAAUCAUGACAUAUUAUUAGUUAUACCAUGUAAAUCUAUAUUGGGUUGGACAACACAAACUAACAGCUUACGAAUAUACUACCAUGAGGGAGAAUGUGUUACUUUACAUAUGCAUGAAGGUUGUAGUGAUGGCGACAGAGAUGAAUUGAUGGAGGUUGUAGUUAGAUUACGAUCAGUAACACAGGGUUCUGUUGCCCAGGAACUAUCGUUACAUCGUAACUCUUUAGGUCAACUUGGUUUUCAUGUUCAACCUGAUGGUUUAGUAACACAAGUGGAAAAAUCUGGUCUUGCGUGGGAAGCUGGUCUCAGGCAAAACUCCAGACUUAUAGAGAUAUGCAAAAUAGCUGUUGCUACACUUACUCAUGAUCAAAUGGUGGAUUUAUUGAAGACUAGUGUUCUUGUCACAGUCACUGUGAUUCCUCCUUUUUCUGAUGGUUCUCCUCGAAGAGGUUGUCAUAUUCAGAAUUGUUCUUAUCGUACUGACAGUAGUUCAUCAAAAGGGUAUGAGAGCGAAUAUGAAAAUGUUGCAGGAGUAUCAACUGUUACUAGUCCUAGAAAACAAACAGCUCUACAACAACCAGUUACUGGAAAUCAUCGAAAAAUGUAUGAGCGCAGCUUGUCACCACCUAGAUCCAGCAAUAGUUCUGGUUAUGGUACCAUGGGUAGUAAUAAAUCCUAUACAACACCCAUGGAUUCUCGUUUUCCCCAAAAUCCUGAGGGUACAUUGACGAGUUCUUCAAGUGGCCAUUCAUCGGAUGAUCGUUGGUACGAUCUGUUGGAAGUGCCAUUAGAAGAUCCUCCACCUGUUCCCAUGAGAUUAACUCCUACAUCAACCAAAACUCAUUCUAAAGUCCAUGCAAGCAAUUCGUUGCCAUUAUCCACUAUGAAUAAUUCAUUUUCUGUGUAUUCGGAUCCUCGUUCUAGUAAAAGUGUAGCUGCUCAACAGUAUGAUUAUGUUAAUAAAACACCUGACCACAAUCAUGAUCUCCAUAGACAAUUUGAUGAACGCUUAGAACAACCACGAAGAUCAACAAAACGAUUAGUUAAGGCAACAAGUGGUCCAGAACUAGAAAAAACAAAUGGUUUAAUUGACAGCAAUAAUUUUAAAAAAAACUUGAGUAAUGGGAACAUACCGGAAACUUUAAAUGAAAGAAUUCUAGUUGCCAGUGAAGAUGAUUUAUCUACAAUUGGAAGUAGUAGUACUGGUUCACCUCAUAGUCACCGUAAAAGUAUAAAAAACAGUGGUAGUCGAAAUCAAAGUCCUCGUUCUGGAAUGGAUCGAGGGGAACCAAGACUUAGACCUGGUAUUUCUGGACGUAAUUCCAAUGCUAGUAGUAGACUUAGUGGAAAUAUGAGUACAUUACAAGAAGAUCUGAUGAAAUUAAUAGACCCUGAUUAUAAUUUAGAUUCAUCUUUUAUUGAUACAAAUAAUACAACUAAUAAGAAUCAGUCCAGAGAAAAUGUAUCAAAUGUAGAGCAGGGUCAAGUUAUUCUUACCAAAGCUCGUCCUGCUACAGUGAUAUCUAGUGCACCAAGUCCAGCUUUAAGUGAAAUGAAACCUUUAAAUCUAAUUGAAAGUGUUACACAAUUACCAUUACCUGAUACUCCAAUUGACCGAAUGAAUUGGAAAAUUCUUGUGGACACGGCUACUGAAGCUUUACGUAAAGUUUCUGCUGGUGCUCAAACUAAAGAACCAGAAACUACUAAUAAUGAAAAUAGAGAUCACUGUUGGAGUAGUAUGAAUGGUGUUACUUUAUUGAAUUCUUCUAGUACGAACAAAACAAAUAUGAGCCCGGAGGAUUUAGAAAUGAUGUUACGAAAUGAAAUGGAAAUGCGUAUGGAACUACAAAAUGAAGUUAAGCAUUUGCGAGAAGAAAAUCGUCGCCUACAAGACGAAUCUAACAGUGCUGCACAACAGCUUAAACAUUUCACCCAUUGGUUCUUUCAAAACAUCGAUAAACAUCCCGAUUAAGUGACAUAGUUGUUUUUUUUUUAUUAUUACUAUUAUUAUUUUAUAUAUGAUGUAUAAGAAUUUUACUAAAAAUUGUGUGCUGCUCAUGAGUCACGGUUGUUUCAUAUUGUUACAAUUUAACUUCUUGUAUAUUUUUGAAUUAGUUGAAUUUAUUAUUAUUAUUUUAAGUAUUAUUAUGUUCAAGGUAAUUGCUAUUUAUUUUUACUAACACAUUACAUUGCCAAAAGACUGUCUUUUAUGUUAAUUUUAGAUUAUUUACGUGUAUACUAUAUAUAUAUAUAUAUAUAUAUAUAUAUAUAUAUAUAUAUAUGUAUGUAUAUAUAGUUAUUAUGUUUUUGUAAAUUUGUUUGCUGAUAAAUAUGAAGAUUAUAUGUUUUACCAAAGUUAUCGGCCCAAAUAAUCAAAACCAUAAAUUUCAAUGUGUCGUUUGUUUAAUUAUAUGUCUCUACUUUGCGACUAAAUGACUCAGUAUUAUAAGUUACUUAUUAUUGUUUCAAUUUAGUGGUAUCAAAAAUCUUGUAUUAAUUAUUUAGAGAUAUAAAUAUAUUUCAGUAGAUACCAAAAUGACUACUCGUAGAUAAUAGUUAUCUAACUCAUAAGUUGUUAUAAUAAUAUCUUUUGUAUUUUUAUCUUGUAUUAUUAUUAAAAUUGCUACUUUUAUUAUGUAUUAUUUUGUUACACAUAUCGUAUGAUUAAUUUGUGAAUUUAGUUCAACUUAGUCGUUUGUUUAUAUUUUAAAUAAACAUGUCUAUUGAUGUGCCUUUUAAAAACACCAAGUGUGUGUUGUGACACAUAUUAUUGAAAUAAUAUUGUUAUUGAAUUUAAUAUUGUUAGGCAAGUGAAACAUUGUAGUUAUUUUUAUAACAUUGUAAUUUUUUUUUCUUUGUUAUACUAGCAACUAUUAUAAAUAUAAUUUUGCCAUUUUAAUGCACACAAGCACUCACUCCUAAAACAAUAAUGGUUCUUAGAUGUUUUAAUUGAAAUAUGUGUUCAUUCAAUAUUAUUAUACAGUCGAAUCACGAUAACUCGAAGUUGAAGGAGGAUAAAAAUUCACUUUGAGAUAUCUAACUAAUUUAUAGGGGAAGAAUUUUCUAGGGGAAUAAAACACAAUUCGAGUUGUCAAGUUUUUUGAGUUAUCGCAACUCGACUGUAUUAGUUCAUUGUUGGGCGAUUUGCUUACAAAUUCAACUAGAAUUUUUUUCUGUUCAUUUGUAUUCAUUUAAUAGUUUAUGAAAUUAUAUAUAUUGGCCAAUACCAAGGAACAUUUA